GAUAAGGUUAGUGAAGAAACAAGAAUUGCAUCAUUCCCAGGUUGCCAAAAUUGGAAAAAAAUUGAGGAAAUAGUGUUUUUAGCCAGUCACCAUGGACGAAGAGUCCAAAGCAUUCAAUUUUCCAGUUGGGACUGCAAGGCAAGAAAAACACUGGAAAUAAGACAGAUUUUCCAGUAUCUUCUUUCUUGGGAUUGUCAGCUUCUUUGGACUGUUUCCAGAUCUGAAUCAACUUUGUUUGGAUGGUCUAUCUUUAUGCAAAGCUGUCUUUUACUUUUGAUCUCUUCACCCAGUGUUUGUAGGAUUGCCUCUGAGAUUCUGGUGAGCUAAUUUCGACUCUCUUUCGCCCAUGGAAGAUAACAGGCAUCAAUCCUCUCUUCAUAAGCAAGAGAUUAUCGACAGGGAAGGCCCAUACCGUCUCCUUUUUUGUUCGGGGAAGGGCGAUAAAGCUGGAGUCAUGCAGGAGCUCACAAAAGGCGUCAACGCAAAUCUGGCAGAUUACGAUAAAAGAACAGCACUACACUUGGCAUCGUGUGAAGGGCGUACGGAGAUAGUCGUUCUCCUUCUUCAGAAAGGAGCUGAUGUGAACUCCAUGGAUCGGUGGGGUCGAACUCCACUCUCGGAUGCGUGUAGCUUUGGCCAUCAGGAUAUCUGCGAAAUUCUGAAAGCACACGGUGGAACUGAUCCGAUGGGAGUUGACUCUCAAACAGAAUGCUGUCAGAUAGACCCUACAGAAGUAAACAUGGAGGAAGCAACUCUCAUUGGUGAAGGCGCUUAUGGUGAAGUUUAUUUACUCAAGUGGCGUGGUACUGAAGUUGCAGCCAAAACCAUUCGGUCUGCCAUUGCUUCGAACCCAACAGUGAAGGAAAACUUCCUGAAGGAAUUAGCCCUCUGGCAGAAACUGCGCCAUCCCAACAUAGUUCAGUUCCUCGGCGUUCUUAAGCACCCCGAUCGCCUGAUCUUGAUAACCGAGUACCUACGAAAUGGAAGUUUAUACGAUAUACUGAGAAAGAAAGGAAGACUCGACCCCUUGACUGCCGUUGCAUAUGCUUUGGAUAUAGCACGAGGGAUGAAUUAUCUGCAUCAACAUAAACCUCACUCGAUAAUCCACCGCGAUUUGACACCAAGAAAUGUGCUGCAGAAUGAGGCGGGGCGACUAAAAGUCACGGAUUUUGGUCUAAGCAAAAUUAUACUGGGCAAGAAUACCGGAUACAAAAUGACCGGCGGGACAGGAUCGUAUCGCUACAUGGCUCCAGAAGUCUACCGGAGAGAAUCAUACGGACAAAGCGUGGAUGUCUUCUCGUUUGCACUAAUUCUCCACGAGAUGUUCCAAGGAGGACCCUCGAAUACAGACGGAAAUCCAGAAAAACUUGCCGACAAACGAGCAUACGAGAACUCAAGACCACACCUACCAUCCAUUGUUUACCCGGGACCGAUCAAAAAGCUUCUUCAAGAUUGCUGGCACAAGAGCCCCGAUCAAAGGCCGACGUUCGAAGAUAUCAUCGAGCACUUGGAGCGCAUUCAAGAGAGGCUGAUGCAGCAGGGGUCGUGCUCCUGCAGUGGCUGUGGCAUCUUAUGAACAACGCCUUACCUCUUUCAGUUGCCGGCUGCUACUACUAUUACUAUUACUUUUACUUAUAUAUGUUUUGGAGAAAUAAAUUUAAAUUUAGUAAUUUUUAAUUUGUAUAAAAUUAAUGUUGAAUAAAAAUAAAUAACCAGGUCUGGGUG